AUGGAGUUUAAGGAUAAGGAGGUCACCUACAAUGGAGGAGCUUUUGAGCAAGACAUACUUGUCGAUCCUGAUUACAUGACUUGGAGUGUUUUUGAUGAAUUUUGUGAGAAGCAUGGAUUAGGUGACACUUCUGUGGAACAGGUCUGGUACAAGCUGCGAGAUGAGGACAUGGAUUCAAUAAGGAGCAUUGCUUAUCUCAGUUCUGAUGCAGGACUUAUGCGAAUGUGUGAAGAAGCCAUGUAUGGAGGUGAUGUUGAUGUCUUCCUUCAGCACAAAAACGAAUGUGAGAAGCAAAGUGAGAAGGAAAGCGAGAAAGAACAAGAGAAGGAGAAGGAAGGAGAUACAGAAAGUGAGAAGGAUGCUGCAGAGGUUGGAGUUAACCAAACAGAGAUGGGAUAUGAAAGUGAGAAGAAUGCUGCAGAGAAUGAGGAAGAUAAGAAAACUAGAAAGAGUAAAAAGGUUCAGAUUUUAGAAUAUGAAGAGGAUAUAGGUGAACGAUAUGAGGUAGAGAUUGAGGAUGGAGUAGAGAAUUUUGUUGAUGAGGAAGUGGUCUUGUGUAGUAUAAUGCCUGACACGUCUUCUGAUAGCGAGCAAGAGGAUGAUUUAGUUGUAAGAAAGAGACGUAUGAAAAAGAAAAAGAGUGAGAGAUUAGCUCUGGGAAGUACUUACUGGACGGGCUAUGAGUUUAAGGAAGCAGUUUUAGAGUAUGCUUUGGACAAAGCAAUGGACAUCAAGCAAGAUAGAUGGGAUAAGACAAAAAUAGGAUAUAAAUGUGCUGCCGAUUGGAAGUGCAAAUGGAAGCUUUAUUGCUCUUAUGAUAAGCAAAUAGAGAAGUGGGUUCUGAAGACAAAGUGCGGAUAUCACAGCUGUACACCUAAUGGGAAAUGCACUAUGCUAAAAGGUCACGUGAUUGCAAGAUUGUUCUUAGAUAAACUGAGGCAAAAGCCUAAGCUAAUGCCUAAAGAUAUUCAAGGUCUUAUCAAAGAAAAUUGGGGAAUUAUGAGCACAAUCAAUCAAUGUCAGAAUGGAAGAUUGCUAGCUCUGAAAUGGCUUGAGAGAGAGUAUGAUCAACAGUUUGCCCAUAUCCAUGGAUAUGUUGAAGAGAUACGCAAGAGAAACAAGAGAUCAACAGCCAUUGUUGAAACAUAUCGAAAUGCCAAGAAAGUGGAAGUCUUUGACCGGUUUUAUGUGUGUUUCGAUAGGCUGAGAAGAAGAUGGAAGAGUUCUUGUCGGCCAAUCAUUGGUCUUGAUGGAACUUUCUUAAAGGUGGGAGUGAAAGGAGUUUUACUCACUGCGGUUGGACAUGACGCAAAUAAUCAGAUAUAUCCAGUUGCUUGGGCUGUGGCACAAGCUGAGAAUGGAGACAAUUGGUUAUGGUUUAUCAAGCUGAUUAAAGCUGACUUGGGGCUUGAAGAUGGUGAUGGCUACGUCAUGAUUUCUGACAGAGCAAAAGGACUACUAAGUGCAGUUAAAGCUGAGCUACCUAAAGCGGAGCAUAGAAUGUGUGUGAAACACAUUGUUGAAAAUUUGAAGAAGAACCAUGCGAAGAAAGAUCUCUUAAAGAUGCAUGUUUGGAACAUUGCUCGGAGUUGUAACAUGGCUGAUUACCGCGAGAAUCUUAGAAAACUGAGAGAGUAUGAUGCUCCUCUGUUUGAGGCUGUGAUGAAUGAGGAUCCACGGUCUUGGACAUUAGCAUUUUAUAAACUUGGGAGCUUCUGCGAUAAUGUGGAGAACAAUUCCACAGAAUCUUUCAACGCCAGUAUUGCAAAGGCAAGAGGUAAAGCUAUCAUUCCCAUGCUUGAGACUAUUAGGAGACAAGCAAUGGCUCGGAAUUCAAAGAGAAGCAAGAAAUCUGAAAAAUGGGCUGGUAGAUACACUAAAUAUGUGAAGCUGGUUCUUGCUGAAGAGGAGAAGAAUGCCAAGAAAUGUGAAGUAACUCAUGCCUCACAUGGACGCUAUGAGGUGGAGUUGUUUGGGCAGAAACACAGUGUCAAUACUACAAAGAAGACAUGCACAUGUUUUAAGUGGCAAAUAUCAGGAAUUCCAUGUGAACAUGCCUAUGGAGCUAUGCUAGACGCAGGUUUGGAUACAGACAAUUACAUCUAUGAUUGCUUCUCAACAAGUAAGUUGCAAGAUUGUUACAGUGAAAAUAUCAAGCCAAUGAGAGGACCACAUUUCUGGAUGCAUGGUUCAUAUAGGCUGGUAAUAGCUCCUCCUGAACCUGAUUUACCUGGAAGAAAGAAAAAAAAGGGAAUAAAAAAACGAAUCAAAGGGAAGUUUGAGUCACCAAAGAAGAACAAGAAGAAGAAGAAGAAGGAAGUUCAGAAGCUUGGGAGACAAGGUCGCGUUAUGCACUGCUCAAAGUGUGGUGAAGCUGGACACAAUGCUUCUGGAUGUAAGAUACACCCAAAAAAAAAGAUGAGAAUGACUGAGGAGACAAGUGAACAGGCCACAACUUCAUCUCAGGGACUUGAAACGGUUUCAAUCACUCAACCUUCUCAAAUGUCUGAGUAA